GCCAACAGAGGCGUGCGUGCCAGGGCUUAACACGUUUCGAGGCCGCCGUAAGUCCGGCUUAGGGUGGCUUUGACUUGAGAGCCAGCCCCAGGGACAUGGAGGGUUCCCCGGAGGGGGAAGCACCCGCGGCGGCCCUGGCCGCAGUGCUAAAGCACAGCUCGGCGCUGCCACCCGAGAGCGCCCAAGUCCGGGGUUACGACUUCAACCGCGGUGUGGAUUACCGUGCACUGCUGGAAGCCUUCGGCACCACUGGCUUCCAAGCAACCAAUUUCGGGCGCGCGGUGCAGCAAGUCAACGCCAUGAUCGAGAAGAAGUUGGAGCCACUGUCCCAGGAUGAAGACCAACAUGCAGACCUGACCCGGAGCCGCCGCCCACUCACUGGCUGCACCAUUUUUCUAGGAUAUACAUCCAACCUCAUCAGUUCAGGCAUUCGUGAGACAAUUCGCUACCUUGUGCAGCACAACAUGGUGGACAUAUUGGUGACCACAGCUGGAGGUGUGGAAGAGGAUCUCAUCAAGUGCCUGGCGCCCACCUACCUGGGCGAGUUCAGCCUCAGGGGAAAGGAGCUCAGGGAGAAUGGGAUCAACAGGAUUGGGAACCUGCUGGUGCCCAAUGACAAUUAUUGCAAAUUUGAGGACUGGCUAAUGCCCAUUCUGGACCAGAUGGUGCUGGAGCAGAACACAGAGGGUGUGAAGUGGACACCUUCCAAGAUGAUCGCUAGGCUUGGCAAAGAGAUCAACAACCCAGAAUCGGUAUAUUACUGGGCCCAGAAGAACCACAUCCCUGUGUUGAGCCCAGCACUUACAGAUGGCUCAUUGGGCGACAUGAUCUUCUUCCAUUCUUACAAGAACCCGGGCCUGGUUCUGGACAUCGUUGAGGACCUGAGGCUCAUCAACACCCAGGCCAUCUUCGCCAAGCACUCUGGGAUGAUCAUUCUGGGUGGGGGCAUGGUCAAGCACCACAUCGCCAAUGCCAACCUCAUGCGGAAUGGAGCUGACUAUGCUGUCUACAUCAACACAGCCCAGGAGUUUGAUGGCUCUGACUCGGGUGCCCAGCCAGAUGAGGCAGUGUCUUGGGGCAAGAUCCGGAUGGAUGCACAGCCUGUCAAGGUCUAUGCCGAUGCUUCCUUGGUAUUCCCACUACUUGUGGCUGAAACUUUUGCUCAGAAGGUAGAUGCCUUCGCGCCUGAGAAGAAUGAGGACUGAGAAGCUGUGGCCUCAGGGAGGCCUUAUCCCCUCCUGUAUUUAUUAGUUUGCAGCCCAAACUCCCAUGCUCCCCCCUUGGUCAGUGGUAACUCUAGAAUAAAUGUCAUGGUACUUCUGGG